ACGUCACUUCCGCCCUCCCUUUCUUUCCGCGCUCCUGGCGAGGGCUCUAUACGGCGUUGUCUUUGAUUCCCGGCGUAACUUUACAGGGAAGCUGUCGCAAUGUCCGGAGCCCUUGACGUCCUGCAGAUGAAGGAGGAGGAUGUCCUCAAGUUCCUGGCUGCAGGAACCCACCUGGGAGGCACCAACCUCGACUUCCAGAUGGAGCAGUACAUCUACAAAAGGAAAAGUGAUGGCAUCUACAUCAUCAACCUCAAGAGGACCUGGGAGAAGCUCCUGCUGGCGGCGCGGGCCAUCGUGGCCAUCGAGAACCCUGCUGAUGUCAGCGUGAUCUCCUCCCGGAACACUGGCCAGAGGGCUGUGCUGAAGUUUGCUGCUGCCACUGGAGCUACUCCCAUUGCUGGCCGCUUCACUCCUGGCACCUUCACUAACCAGAUCCAGGCCGCCUUCCGGGAGCCGCGGCUCCUGGUGGUGACAGAUCCCAGGGCCGACCACCAGCCCCUCACGGAGGCGUCGUACGUGAACCUGCCCACCAUUGCUCUGUGCAAUACGGACUCUCCUCUGCGCUACGUGGACAUUGCUAUCCCAUGCAACAACAAGGGAGCCCACUCCGUGGGUUUGAUGUGGUGGAUGCUGGCCCGGGAGGUUUUGCGCAUGCGUGGCACCAUCUCCCGUGAACACCCGUGGGAAGUCAUGCCUGAUCUCUACUUCUACCGCGAUCCUGAAGAGAUUGAAAAAGAAGAGCAGGCUGCAGCUGAAAAGGCUGUGACCAAGGAGGAGUUCCAGGGUGAAUGGACCGCGCCCGCUCCUGAGUUCACGGCUACCCAGCCCGAGGUUACAGACUGGUCUGAGGGUGUGCAAGUGCCUUCUGUGCCCAUCCAGCAGUUCCCUACUGAAGACUGGAGUGCCCAGCCUUCCACUGAAGACUGGUCUGCAGCCCCCACGGCUCAGGCCACUGAAUGGGUAGGAACAACCACCGAGUGGUCUUGAGUGAUCUGCACUCUUGGAAGCAGAUGUGAAGUUGACGGAAAAUAAAUAACAGUUUCUAAAGAAA